ACAUGAAGGGGAAUAUCCGGAAUCCCGGUGGAAAUUACAAAACACAUUUCCGAGCUUCUCAAGUUUGAAGCGUGGACUUGCUGCAAUGUGUUGUCAAGGCAUUGGUGUCGCAUCUUUGUCGGUGUUCUUCCCGCGAGCUCGGAAAAGAAGAGUAGCCAGUGAACGCCAACGAGUAGCAGCCAUGGAAUAGAGUCACUGAAAUUGUGGUCAGCUCAGCUAAUCCGAAUUGAACCAGUCUCCAGCUGAUAUUACACAGUGUGGCAGCCGUGGUGUAGCUUAGAGGAAGACAUGUCUCUGGCAGUGUUAGUCAAUAUUUUUAGAAUUUCUCUCAAAUUUGCGGAAGUUGUGAUCAUGACCUAGGUGAGGUGAAUUGAGGUGAGGUGAUGUGAAGGGCAGUCAACGGGCAGAACGUUUUGGCACCCGUCAGACACAAAUUGAGCUCAUUUCGGUGAUCAAUUAUUGGAGCAAAUCUCAAGAUCAGAGGUCCGAGUGAAGUUGGUCUCACUGGGCGUGUAGCAUUGUCUGGAUGCCAUCGACGGGAGCAACGUUGCAGGAUGACCGUGUCCAGUGCAGUAGAUCGAGAGGUCUGGACUUAUUCCUGCCUAAGCAAGCAGAAUUGGAAGGAAUUAAUGAUUCCAGGUGACUGUUCCGAGGAAUGACCGAGAAUUCGUCGAAGUUUCUGAAAUUUGCACUUGCACCUGAAAUUCACCCACAUUGGAGUCCCGGACCUGCAAGGAUUCUCUCCACCUUGCAGAAAGGCUGAAAAUAAUGAGAGAAGUCCUAGGACGCGACCUCUGCCGAGUGUGGACUUCAAUGUGGAUUGAAUAGAGUUCCAGAUUCCAAGCCGGAGCACUGAGGCUUGCACUGUCAUAGAACCAGGCCAGCAGUAUGCCGGUGGCACGACCAGAGCCUCCUGACACAAGGGUCAUAGCUCAUGUUGACCUGGAUUGUUUCUACGUUCAAGUGGAGCAGAGGAGGCAUCCAGAGUUGAAGGGAAAGCCGACAGCAGUUGUGCAAUACAAACCUUUUAGGGGAGGCGCAAUAAUUGCAGUCGGGUAUGAAGCCCGUCAUGCCGGAGUUACUCGGAUUAUGAGAGGAGAUGACGCCAGGAAGCUAUGUCCCGACAUCAAUCUAGUCCAGGUUCCAGUAGCACAUGGAAAAGCUGAUCUCACGAUAUACAGGGAUGCGGGCACUGAGGUAGUUGAAAUUUUCUCUAGAAUGGGAAUCUGCGAGCGCGCAUCCAUUGACGAAGUAUACUUGGACAUUACAGAGGCUGCCGUAGUACGCCUCAUGCAUUCCCCUCCAUAUGCUGCAGAUCAUUACAGUGCAGAAGUUCUCGGGACUCAUAUUAUUGGGCUCGAUAAGGAUUCACAUAGCAACAACGUGAAGGAAUGGCUUUCGAGGAGCUUUGCCUCUAGGAGUGACCAACUCCUCGCCUGUGGGGCUUUGAUAAUAUCAGAACUUCGUACAGCAGUGGUCAAAGAGACGCAGUUCACCACUUCUGCUGGAAUUGCCCACAAUAAGAUGCUCGCUAAGCUUGCAAGCGGUAUGCACAAGCCUGCACAACAAACUCUUGUGCCGUCGUCGGCAGUUCAGGGAUUACUGGCAACUCUGCCAACUAGGAAAAUUAAAUACUUGGGAGGGAAGCUCGGACGCAGUUUGGAAAGUGAUCAUGGAAUCAAAACCAUGGGUGACCUUCUCCCAUACACGGAAUCAAAGCUCCAAAGCAUGUAUGGAGUCAAUACUGGCACAUGGCUCUGGAGGGUAGCAAGAGGCAUGAAUGGAGAGGAGGUAGAGGGACGCACGCUGCCAAAAAGCCACGGCUGUUCAAAGACAUUUCCUGGCCCGGAAUCGCUCAAGAAUCUCGAUACCGUUGGGCAUUGGCUUUCAGAGCUAUCUGCGGAGCUUCAGGAACGCUUGGAUGAGGAUUUACAGCUACAUCAUCGGAAAGCUCGCCUGCUUGUGGUUCAUGCUGCCUGCCACAUUGUUGGGAGAGCAUCAAAUACCAACUCGAAGCCGUUCCCGUCCAAGUCUUGUGCGAUAAGAUAUGGCAAAGAGAGAGUAGCUUCUGACGCUGUUCAGCUCUUCAAGCGUUCUUUAAGUGAAUUCUGUCCAGAUGUGCCGAAGUUGUCUCCAGUCAAAGGAGAGUCUGGUGGCUCGAGCUGCGUGUGGGCAGUGACCGGACUCUCAGUAAGUGCGAGCAACAUGUACGAAGUGCCCGCAGGUAUGGGUACUAUCACUCGGUUUUUCGGUUCUCCAGCAACGUCAAGUUCCAAAGAGAAAGCAACAGGCACAACAAGCACUUUGCCUUCAUCGCCAGUGUCUGACGUGUCGGAUCAAGCAGCAGGCACGAGACAUGAGAGAGUUGGUGCCGAGUUUCCAGAGGAGGUCAUAAGCCUGAAUGAGCCAGAUGACAAGAUCCUCAGUUUUUUAGACGCUAGUAUGUUUCCUUGUAAUUCUUUAGGGAGCUUGGAAAAUGACGAAGAGGCCCAUGUUCCUUCCCCCUUCGAAACGGAUGCCGAGCCAAAGUCUCACAACAAUGAAUCUGAAGCACCGGCUUCGCCAAAUGCCUACGCAGUACUGAGCGGACGAGAAGGGUCGGCAUGGACGCAGGAACGUGAAGUAUCUCGCUCACAUCUGCAAUCAAGUUUGUGCCCUCCUUCAACUCACGCAGGAAGCCAUUCUCGGAGCUGUAAGCCUGUAAAGCGAAACCUGAUGGAUCACAUAGAUCCAUCAGCUUGCAAUGAUAAAGACUGGGUCUGCACACCCACGUUCGGAGAAGUCAGUAAAUGCGCACAACCUCCUCCGACCAUCGAGCUUUCAGAUAUUUCUUCAGAUUGUUAUCCAAAGGACGCCAUGGCCGACGGAUCGACCGGCACUAACUCAGCCCUGGAAGCAAAAAGUGACCUCGCUGACGGGAUUUCUGUCUCUAGAAACAAUGUCCAGGUUAUUCUGUGCUCACCACUUGAUUUCAGGCUUCAGGAAAACCUGUCCGUAGGCUCAGACGUUGAGACAGAACGUGGUCCACAACUCAAUCUCCCCAUGACAGAUAUUCAACAAUCCUCGUCAAGCACGUCAAAUAUUGUUGGCGGUAGCCUCCACAUGCCGUCUACAGAAGAUCUCAAGUUAGUGCACCCGGUGCUAACCGACCAAGUGGAACCAACUGAGCUUUUAUCUGAACCCGUCGAAGAGUCGAGAACUUGUCAGGCUACUCUCGAGGGGCCAUGGCCACUUUUUGCUCUCAAACAAAACUCGGAACAACCACUCCCUCCUCGAUCUGCAAGCUCCAUUGUCACUUUACCUCACCAGACCAACCCAGAGCAUAGUACCAGUAGUGCUGUUCAAAUUGUUCUUCCAGAUCAAGCAAACUUAUCACCAACUCUAGGACUGGAAGCAAAUGCGAAUUCCCCCGCUGCUAAUGUAAAUUCAGUAUCACCCAAUUUCCAAUCCAGCAACAGGGGCGAACUCCAUUCAGGUGCGAAUCGACAAGGUUUAGGUUCUCGGCGUAGGACUGGGUUCUCUAGAGUCGAUGAACUGUGGGAGAAGUGGAAGGUAGCCUCUCAGAGCUCGGCCACGACUCCAGAGACGGAAGCAGGCUGUCCUUCAGUAGGCGGCACACGCGAGCAGAAUGAAACUGGUCAACGUGGUGAAGGCAUGCGACGUGAUUUUCAAGUGGACGGUAGGCGAUCCAGAAAGAGGAAGAAGUCGACUAUAAGCGACUUUUUUGUGAAGAGUCCGUCAAAGUGAUGGAUCGUUCUCGACGUUGCACAAUUGCUGUACUAUUGCCCAGAAUGUACACAUUAAAAGCGGCUCUGCGUCGGCAGACCAGGUGCACUGUGGCAUUCAUACGAUGCCGAAGUCUGUCGAUUGUACUGUAGGCCGGAUGUUCGGAGGGAGGAGGCAAACAUUUAUUUGGUAGAAAAGGAAGGUCUGUAUCAUUCGGAGAAGUUUCCGAAUUGCAGACAAUCCGGCUGUAAUAAAUUGCUCGUCCGAGACUCGGAGUAGCAAACAUUACGAGCAUCUUCCUCGCAAAGCUGUCAAUCAUGUGUUCACGUCCUGUCAGCUGACCGGACUUAGUAAAUACGUUGCUUGCUCAGUGUACCGAUACUCUAAUUAAC